AACGCUACCCAUUUCUUCUUUGUAAACCCCCAAAAUCUCUAAAAACCGAGAAAAUUCCUCUCGCACAAAAACCCCCCAUAAAUACCCCCCUUUCCCUUCACUAUCGAAACUUGUUCUUCACUCCACACAUGAAAAUUCUUCUCCUUAACUUCUCCAUCUUUCCGAUCACUCAUCUUCACUCAUACCUUCGCACUCAAUCGCUGUUUGUUGCACUAUAUGCUUCCUAGAAAGAGACCGGCAGAAGGCGUGGUAGUUGAAGAUAACAGUAGCAGUUGUGAUUCAGAAAGUGCUCUUAAAAAGCAUAAAAUUAGUUGUGUGAUCUCUUCCGACACCAAAGAGAAUACCAGCGGUUGCAGUAGUAACAAGGUCACAAGUAAUAAUACUAACGGUAACGCUAGCAGCAGUAGUGUUGAACAGUCAGUGACUGAAAUGGCUUUUGAUGAUGGCAAUCCACAUGAUAUUGAUGAGGAUCUCCACAGCAGGCAGCUCGCCGUGUAUGGCCGUGAAACUAUGCGACGGCUCUUUGCUUCUAACGUUCUUGUCUCGGGGAUCCGAGGGCUUGGUGCUGAAAUAGCAAAGAAUCUCGUACUUGCUGGUGUAAAGUCUGUGACUCUGCAUGAUGAAGGAGAAGUGCAGUUGUGGGAUUUGUCAAGCAAUUUUAUUUUCUCAGAGAGUGAUGUUGGUAAGAACAGAGCACUUGCUUCUGUUCAAAAGCUACAAGAGCUCAACAAUGCUGUGGUCGUCUCAAGUUUGACUACAAAAUUGACCAAAGAAAAGCUUUCUGAUUUCCAGGCUGUGGUGUUUACUAACACCAGCUUAGAGGAUGCACUGGAAUUCAGUGACUACUGCCACAAUCAUCAACCUCCUAUAGCAUUUAUUAGAACUGAAGUGAGGGGUCUAUUUGGUUAUGUUUUUUGUGAUUUUGGCCCUGAGUUCACAGUUUUUGAUGUGGAUGGUGAAGAACCUCAUACAGGCAUUAUUGCAUCGAUUAGUAAUGAUAACCCUGUCCUAAUUUCGUGUGUGGAUGAUGAAAGGCUUGAGUUUCAGGAUGGGGACCUAGUUGUGUUCUCAGAAGUACAUGGCAUGACAGAACUUAAUGAUGGCAAGCCAAGAAAAAUUACAAGUGCAAGACCUUAUUCCUUUACCCUCGACGAGGACACAACAAACUUUGGUCCCUAUGAGAGAGGUGGUAUUGUUACUCAGGUUAAGCAACCCAAAAUUUUGAAUUUCAAGACAUUGCGGGAAGCUAUCAUGGAUCCUGGCGAUUUUCUUCUUAGUGAUUUCUCAAAGUUUGACCGCCCACCUCUGCUGCAUUUGGCAUUCCAAGCAUUAGACAAGUUCAGAUCAGAUUUGGCACGGUUUCCUCUUGCUGGUUCAGAAGAUGAUGCUCAGAGGCUGAUCUCUAUUGCCACCAAUUUAAAUGAAAGUAAUGGGAAGGUCAACCUGGAUGAUAUAAACCCAAAACUUCUACAGCAGUUUUCUCAUGGUGCACGUGCCGAACUUAAUCCCAUGGCUGCUAUGUUUGGUGGUAUUGUUGGGCAGGAGGUUGUGAAGGCUUGCUCUGGGAAGUUUCAUCCGCUUUAUCAGUUCUUUUACUUCGACUCCCUGGAAUCACUUCCAACUGAGCCACUGGAUCCCAGUGAUUUAAAGCCAUUAAAUACUCGGUAUGAUGCCCAAAUCUCAGUCUUUGGGCAGAAAUUCCAGAAGAAACUAGAAGAUGCCAAGGUGUUUUUGGUGGGAUCUGGUGCCCUGGGUUGUGAGUUCCUGAAGAACUUGGCUUUAAUGGGAGUUGCAUGCACCGAGCAAGGGAAAUUAACAGUGACUGAUGAUGAUGUUAUUGAGAAGAGUAAUCUUAGUAGACAAUUUCUAUUCCGUGAUUGGAACAUCGGCCAGGCAAAAUCCACUGUUGCUGCUGCUGCAGCAGCAUCAAUAAAUCCCCAAUUCCGAAUUGAAGCUUUGCAGAACCGCGUGGGUCCUGAUACUGAAAAUGUGUUUGAUGACACUUUCUGGGAGAAUCUUAGUGUGGUUAUUAACGCACUUGACAAUGUCAAUGCAAGACUUUAUGUCGAUCAGAGAUGCUUGUACUUUCAAAAGCCACUGCUUGAAUCAGGGACCCUUGGUGCCAAAUGUAACACUCAGAUGGUGAUCCCCCAUCUGACUGAGAAUUAUGGUGCGUCAAGAGAUCCUCCAGAGAAACAAGCACCAAUGUGCACUUUGCACUCCUUCCCACAUAAUAUUGAUCAUUGUUUGACAUGGGCGCGGUCCGAAUUUGAGGGCUUGCUUGAGAAAACACCAGCCGAAGUCAACGCUUAUCUUUCUAAUCCAAGUGAAUAUACAGCUGCGCAAACAAAUGCUGGUGAUGCUCAAGCCAGAGACAAUUUGGAGCGUAUUCUCGAGUGUCUAGAUCGAGAAAGCUGUGAAACUUUUGAAGAUUGCAUCGCAUGGGCACGCCUCAAGUUUGAAGAUUAUUUUGCAAACCGAGUAAAACAAUUGAUUUUCACUUUCCCCGAGGAUGCUAUGACCAGUUCUGGAGCCCCCUUUUGGUCAGCCCCCAAGCGCUUCCCUCAUCCCUUGCAGUUCUCUUCUACUGACCCUAGUCAUCUCCAUUUUAUCAUGGCUGCAUCCAUAUUGCGUGCUGAGACAUUUGGUAUACCUAUUCCCGAUUGGGUUAAGCACCCAAAGAAAUUGAGCGAAGCGGUGGACAAGGUUAUGGUCCCAUGUUUUCAACCUAGAAAAGAUGCGAAAAUUGUGACUGAUGAGAAAGCAACCAGUCUCUCUACAGCUUCAAUAGAUGAUGCUGCUGUCAUCGAUGAACUUAUAUCAAAGCUGGAGUCCAGUAGGAAGAAUUUACUGCCAGGCUUCAGGAUGAAACCUAUUCAAUUUGAGAAGGACGAUGACACUAAUUACCACAUGGAUCUUAUAGCAGCACUUGCCAACAUGAGAGCGAGAAACUACAGUAUCCCUGAAGUUGACAAACUGAAAGCUAAGUUUAUCGCGGGAAGGAUCAUCCCAGCAAUCGCGACUACUACUGCGAUGGCUACGGGUUUGGUUUGCCUUGAGCUGUAUAAGGUUCUAGAUGGUGGUCACAAACUGGAGGACUACCGGAACACAUUUGCCAACCUUGCUCUACCUCUUUUUUCCAUAGCUGAGCCAGUACCACCCAAGGUCAUCAAACAUAAUGACACGAGCUGGACUGUUUGGGAUAGGUGGGUCAUCAAGGACAAUCCUACAUUGAGAGAACUAAUCCAAUGGCUUGCAGACAAGGGACUGAAUGCAUACAGCAUUUCAUGUGGAAGUUGCCUGCUCUAUAACAGCAUGUUCCCUCGGCACAAGGAACGGAUGGACAAGAAAGUAGUAGAUUUGGCGAGGGACGUAGCAAAGAUGGAGAUACCACCGAACCGUUGUCACUUGGAUGUUGUUGUUGCCUGUGAUGAUGACAAUGAUGACGACGUUGAUAUCCCUCUGGUGUCUGUAUACUUCCGUUGAAUUUUCUUGGUAAUCGAUUCCAGUAUUUGUUUCAAAGUUUAGUAUCAUACAACUUGUAUGCACUAUCCUCUAGUCCCCUCUAUGUUCUAAUAAUGUAAGUAAGAUACACGGCAAGAUUUUUUUCCAUAGCAACUUUGAUCCUUACUAUGUCAAUUGAUGGUGCCUCACAAUAUCUUGAACCUGCUUU